UCAGCCCCAUAUCAGCCCCAUAUCAGCCCUGUAUCCUCCCAUUGCCCCCAUUCCCAGCCCUGUGCUCCCUAUUUGGGGUCUGACCCCCCUCUGUGCCCCAUAGUGAACGUGGUGGAGGCGCUGCAGGAGUUUUGGCAGAUGAAACAGUCGCGUGGGGCCGAGCUGAAGAACGGGGCCCUGGUGGUGUAUGAGAUGGUCCCGGCCAACAGCCCCCCCUACGUCUGCUACGUCACACUGCCCGGGGGGAGCUGCUUCGGCAGCUUCCAGGUACGGCUGGAACUGUGGGGUGGGCCUGAGCUCCCCGUGCUCUGCAGCUCCUCGUGCUGUCAACCCCUUGCAGCUCCUCUGGUUGUUGCAGCACUGACGGUGCUGCAGCCGGUUGCUGCUGUUGUUGCAUCUCUGCUCUUUCAGGGCAACCAGGACGAGGCCGACAACCCCAACACCGGCAUCGGCGCCUUCCGCUUCAUGCUGGAGUCCAACAAGGGCAAAUCCAUGCUGGAGUUCCAGGAGCUGAUGACGGUGUUCCAGCUGCUGCAUUGGAACGGCAGCCUGAAGGCCAUGCGGGAGCGGCAGUGCUCGCGGCAGGUGAGUCGUGCAGCCGUGCAGCCAUGCAACGGCGCAUCAAAUCAGCUGCUCCUGUUCAUUCACUGCCUUCAGUAUUGACCACCCCAUUGACCCCCUGACCAUCCCAUUAACCCCCUGGUCAU